AUGGCAUCCAUUUCAUGGUUCAGCUGUCUUCACAUCCGACCAACAGCCUCUGCAGACAACAAAGGUUUAUCAUCUUCCAUAACCGCGGAACAUCAUAAAACAAGACCACAAAAUUUGAUCAGUUCUUCCUUAGAAGAAGGACAUGCUGUUAAUAGAAGACAACUGAUUCUUUACACAUCAACAGCAGCAAUUGUAGCUUCAUCUACUGUCUCAAAUGCAUUGGCACUCAAUGAUGUGUCUGAGGAUUUUAGUGUCUACACCGAUGAUGAGAACAAGUUCAAGAUAGAGAUUCCUCAAGAGUGGAAAACCGGAACAGGAGAAACUGCUGGGUUUAAAUCACUGACGGCUUUUUAUCCGAAAGAGGAAUCUAAUUCCAAUGUGAGCGUUGUGAUCACAGAAGUAGGACCGGAUUUCACUAAGAUGGAGUCAUUUGGCAAAGUUGAAGAGUUUGCUGACACUCUGGUUAGUGGAUUAGACAGAAGCUGGAAAAAACCACCUGGUGUGGCUGCUAAACUCAUAGACUGUAAAUCAUCUAAAGGAUUUUAUUUCAUCGAGUAUACGCUCCAAAAUCCUGGCGAGAGUCGCAAACAUCUAUACUCAGCUAUUGGGAUGUUAAAAAAUGGCUGGUAUAACAGACUGUAUACAGUAACAGGACAGUAUGGGGAUGAAGAAACAGACCAGUAUGCUUCCAAGAUUCAGAAGGCGGUUCGAUCUUUCAAGUUCAUAUAA